UACUGCUCUCUUCAUCCAUUGCUCAGGCGAAAAGCUACAAGCUAGCAUCCAAGGAGAAACCACACGUAAUACAUUUGAUUGGGAGGCAAGAAGAUGGAGGGGCAGACGAACAAGAGGCUGGCCACGCUGGUGGGCUGCAACUACGUGGGCACGCCCUACGAGCUCCGCGGCUGCAUCAACGACGUCGACGCCGUGCGGGACACCCUCGUCGCCCGGUUCGGCUUCGCACCGGCCGACGUCGCCGUGCUCACCGACGUGCGCGGCGCAGAGGUGCUCCCGACGGGGGCCAACAUCCGGCGCGCGCUGGCGGACAUGGUCGCCCGCGCCGCCCCCGGGGACGUGCUCUUCUUCCACUACAGCGGCCACGGCACGCUCGUCCCGCCGCAGCACGGCGAGGGCGGCGCGGAGAAGGAGGCGAUCGUGCCGUCCGACUUCAACCUCAUCACGGACGUGGACUUCCGGCUGCUGGUGGACCGUGUGCCGCCGGGCGCGAGCUUCACCAUCGUGUCCGACUCGUGUCACAGCGGCGGCCUCAUCGACCAGGAGAAGGAACAGAUCGGGCCCUCCGUCUGCUUCGACUCCGGCGCCCCGCCCACGCGCACCGCCCGGUUCGUUCCCUACGUCGCGCUCCUCGACCACCUCUCGGCCAUCUCGGGCAUGCCUUCCUCCAUUCACAUCGCCGACCACCUCGUGGCACUCUUCGGCGCUGAUGCCAGCGCCAAGUUCCACGCUCACGGCCGCAGCGGCAAUGGCAGCACCCUGUCCACCGCACUGGCACCGGCAUCGGCGCCAACGCAGCCGCGCCCGGACGAAGGCAUCCUGCUGAGCGGGUGCCAGACGAACGAGACCUCCGCGGACGUGCCGUCGUACGAGGCCAGCGGAGGCAAGGCAUGCGGGGCGUUCAGUAGCGCGGUACAGAGCGUGCUGGCGGCGCACCCGACGCCGAUGAGCAACCGGGAGCUCGUCGCGAAGGCCAGGGCGGUGCUGAACGAGGUGGGUUUCGAGCAGCACCCAUGUCUCUACUGUACGGACGCCAACGCCGAGGCACCGUUCCUUUCGCAGGGUAAGGAGGAGGCAGCGGUGGGCGCGGCGCUGCUGUAGAGCACCUUCAGCUCACGUGCUACGGAGCGGGCAAUGUGUUUCAUGUGUCGUGUUUUAUGUUUCAUGUUUGGAUGAGGAGCCAAACUCAAGUGCUUUAUUGUUUGUGUGUGGGUACAGAUCUCCACAUCUCCAGACACGGUACUAUACAGAAAUUGCGGAUACUGUAUUAUGUAUUGUAUUACCAUUAUAUAUACACCGAUUUGUUAUCA